UAAUAAUUAAAAAAAUUAAACGCGAUGAUCGGGCAUUUCUAGAAGCAGCUCAAUUCUUCCUAAAAUCUUCAUCAAGGAACAAAAAGAUCAAACUGAUCCACUACGUCUUUGACAGCACGGGACAAGAAACCGAAGGAAUCAGAGAAAAAGGAAGGGAAAGGGAAAAAGGAUGUCAGUGUAUUAUCCAUGGAAGACCUUCGAGGACGACGAAGAUCGACCGGAGAAGCCUCGCCGAUAUGGAGUCACAGAGAUACGAGGUCCUCAAUAUACUCUUUUAAGCCAAAACAUGCUUCAAGAUAUUUUCGAGUCUAUGGGGCAAUUUGUGGAUGGGCUCAAGUUCUCCGAAGGUUCCCACAGUCUCAUGCCAAAGUCUUUUAUAAAAGAGGUGAUUGACGUGGCCCACCAACAUGAUGUAUAUGUCAGUACUGGUGACUGGGCUGAACACUUGCUUCGUAAAGGUCCAUCAGCUUUCAAAGAAUAUGUUGAGGAAUGUAAGAGUAUGGGGUUUGAUACAAUCGAGCUUAAUGUGGGGUCACUUGGAGUGCCAGAAGAGACACUUUUGAGAUAUGUGCGCUUGAUUAAGAGUGGUGGUUUGAAAGCAAAGCCUCAAUUUGCAACAAGGGUUAACAAGUCUGACAUUCCCAUUGGUGGUGAUAUAGCAUUUGGGUCUUAUGUGCCUCCAACACCUCGAAGCUCUGAAUUUAUUGAAGAUGUAGAUCUCUUAAUUAGAAGGGCUGAGAGGUGCCUGGAGGCUGGAGCAGACAUGAUAAUGAUUGACGCUGAUGAUGUCUGCAAAGAUUUUGAUUCUCUGAGGACAGAUAUAAUUGCAAAGGUCAUCGGACGACUAGGUAUUGAGAAAACUAUGUUUGAAGCAUCCAGUGCUAGAACAGCUGAGUGGUUUAUUAAACGCUAUGGUCCUAAGGUGAACCUCUUUGUUGAUCAUUCUCAAGUAAUUGGUCUAGAAUGCCUUCGGGGACGCAAUUUGGGUAAAAACAACCCUUCUUUCCUCACUUCAUCAUAUUUUCUGUCCUGAACUGUUGCUUUGUACAACUUAUAUCUCGUCGGAAGUCAAUGGUUAUUACUGCUGUUGUCAUUUUGUAUUGUCUGUUUUGGAAGUGCUAAAUAAAGCUCAUAUUGUCUGUUCCUGGAAUUUUGAUUUGUUGUGAUAUAUAUUCAUAGCUGGAAGUCAACAGGCUGUGCCCAUGUUGUAAUUUUGUUUGUUUAUACUAAGAAUGCUAGUUGCUAGACGUGACUUGUGCGAGUGAAGAUGUUACCUAGCAAUUAUCAGAAGAAAUAUUAAUAGAAAAGUCUAGUUUGUCAA